CGACAGCAUCAGGAUCCUGCAAUGCUUCAUGGUACUCAUUGGCUUCCAAAUGUGUCCCCUGAAAGUGCGUCAAGGAAGGAGCCACAGCAUCACCCUUCAAGCCGUAUGCCACCAAUUCUUCCGUCUUGCGUACACUGAGGCUCUUGAAUUGUUUUGAUUUGGGAACACGAUCCGUGAUUUUAAAGUCGGUUUCCCAAAAGAGUUUGUCGAAUUCCCGCAAUCCUUGACACACUUGACGCAUGCCUCGAGAAUUGCCGGUCAGAGUACAGUUCAUCCCCUCUGGAGCUACUCGGCCUCUUCCCGUGAUUUUAUUUUGCUGACACAGUUCCAUUAACUUGCGCAAGGCGCGUCGAUGUUGGGAAGACGUCCACAAGGGUUCGACGUAUUGAUAGAACAGGAGGACCGAGACGCCAUCCUUUUCUUCGCUGUAGUCGGGUGGAAGAGGGGGCAACUCGCGGUGAGACGUUGCUUUGGCAUUUUCUACCACCGCUCCAUCUUUUCCUCCUUGUGGGUUUUUUGUGGAUCUACUGUCACUUUUGGUUGUUGUCAUGGUCUCAAUCGAAUACGGUUGUACCGUUCUUGUGUUGACUUGCAUGUUGUCCCUCCUCUUUGUUCGACUUGCCACCAACCACUCGUUUUGGAUCCUUGCACGCACGAAUGAGUUAUUUUUCAAUUAAGGCUGAGGAUACAAUAAAAACCGUCGACAAUGGACGGCACAACGGCAUCACCGCAACCUCUCGAAGUGUCAUCUCAAUCAGCCCUGCCUCUUGGUCCUUUACUCAUCAUCGUGGUAAAGAACCAAUAAUAAUCACUACUAUUAGUAUUAUUGAACCAUGGUACGAGUAUUCAUCAAAGGAGGCGUCUGGAAGAACAGCGAAGAUGAGAUUUUGAAGGCGGCAGUUCAAAAGUACGGCAAGCAGCAAUGGGCUCGAGUAGCGUCGCUGCUCAACAAGAAGAGCGCCAAGCAGUGCAAGGCACGAUGGCAUGAAUGGUUGGACCCGUCUGUGCGCAAGGUAGAAUGGAGCCGCGCCGAAGAAGAAAAGCUCUUGCAUUUGGCAAAACUCAUGCCAGCUCAAUGGAAGACCAUUGCACCCUUGGUCGGACGAACAGCGGCACAGUGUCAAGAACACUAUGAACAACUAUUGGAUCAAGCGGCGGGUGGAGAAGACUCUUCGUCGGCGGCGGCUUCUCUUCGAGGCUUUCAACCCGGACAGAUUGAUUCUCAUCCCGAAACCAAACCAGCGCGACCCGAUCCCAUUGAUAUGGACGAAGAUGAAAUUGAAAUGUUGCAAGAAGCGCGUGCCAGAUUGGCCAACACACAGGGUAAAAAGGCCAAGCGAAAAGCGCGAGAAAAGAUGCUAGCUCAAGCCAAACGAUUGGCGGAUUUGCAAAAGCGACGAGAACUCAAACAAGCUGGUUUGCUGAGUAGUGCUGCUCGCAAAAAGGCCAAGCGAAAAUCACGGGAUAUUGAUCUCGGGGUAGAAAUUCCAUUUCAUAAACCGGCGCCGGCUGGAUUUCAUGAUACAUCGUCGGAAGCGGCUCGGGGUGAAGUGAUUCGGCAAAAGCGCCUCAAACAGGUCGAUUUUAAACAAGUCAAUGAAAAUCAGUACAGGACCAGAGAUCGGGAAGCGGCACAGGCAAAGAAGAAAGAACAAAGGCGUCAAAUGGCAUUGCAAAAGAGCUCCAUGCAGUAUGUCGUCCAGCAAGUCAGCAAGAAGAACGAUCCUCUACAGACACAAAAAAGAGGAAAGCUGGAAUUGCCGGCACCGGCCGUCAGCGAUAAGGAACUUGGACAGCUGGCCAAGUACCAAGCCAAUCAGCUCGCAGGAGUCGAACCUGGUGGAGAUCCGUCGUCGGCGACACAUGCCUUGUUGGGGGAUUAUGCCGACCGUCCAUUGCCAACACCCAUGAGGACACCAGCCACUGGAUCAGGUAUGACGACUCAAGAAUCCAUCUUGAAAGAAGCUUCCAAGCUGCGCAAAUUGGAACAGGUACAAACGCCACUUCUGGGAACCAGCGUACCAGUGGAGACUGUUGAAGACGAGGAGGACGAUGAUGAGGACGACGAUGCUGCCGUGUCCACAAAGACUCCGCGACUUGGUGGUGGUGCGUCUACGGGAACUCCAGCUCCUAAUCGUGCCGGAUACAGUCAAACUCCUUCUGUCGCUGCUCCUCGAGACGAAUUGGGACUCAAUCGACGUUUUGGUGGCCCCGAUGAUGCCUCUGUGGGGGCAUCUACCUUUGCCUCUACAUUUGCCACCUCGGCCAUGUCGAUUAAGGAAAUGGCGCGGGAAGAACGCCGUGCAGCCAAGCGAGCUCGAUUGGAGUUGGAGCAAGCCCUUGCUGCGUUGCCGGCACCCCAAUUCGAAUACGAACUCUCCAUGCCUCAGGAGGAUGACAUGGACGUUGAUGGUGCAAGGGUGGAGACAGUGGAACCCGAUGCUGCAGAUGUGGAAGCAGCUGAACUGGAACGGCUCAGGAAGAAAGCCGAAAAACUCUACGAAGCCAGAUCCAGUGUUGUCAAGAGGAAAGAUCUUCCUCGCCCAAAGGCACUCUCAGAUGAAAUAUCCUACGCCGACGCUAAGGAGGAAGCGGAGCGUCUCAUCCAAGAGGAAAUGGUCCAACUGCUUCAGCACGAUGCCCAUGCAUUCCCUGUGCUGUCGGUCGACGUGGCCGAAGAAGGAAAGAAGAAAAAGAAGAAGCGCAAACAGGAGGAAGUGGCAACAACAACACCAGAGGGUACGUCGGAGGUCCCAAUAGAUUACUUGCCUGAAGAAUAUUUGGAUGCCGCAAAAGAUUCUGUCCAGGUUGAAUUCCAAAAGCAAAUGGACGAAAUGACGACAUCGGCCAUCAAGGAUGAAAAUGCGAAGAAUCAAGCAGAGGCUUUGGCGUUUUUGGUAGAUCAAAGUUGCAACAAUAAAGGAGCACCGGAACAUGUGUUUGUCAAGGGCGGAUGGGCGUCCGCUGAGAAGGUGCUCGAAAGUCGGAAGCUGGAGUUUGAAACUCUCCAAGAGGCUGCCAUGGUGUUGCGGAAGAAGAAUGAAAAGGCAGAAGCUAAGUUGGGCGUCGUACAUGGGGGCUACUCGAAACGUGCGGACAAGGUCUGUACAGAAACAUUGCAGUGUUACAACGAACUGCAGAAUGCCCGAAUUGAAGAGGCUGUGUACCGCAAACUCCAGUCGCAGGAACUUGCUGGAGCUGCCAGUCGUAUCGACAAGCUGAAGGAAGAAAUCGAGUCUCUUGAAGCCGACGAGGCCCUUCUGCAGAAACGUUACAGCGACUUGCUAGUGCAGAAGAAGCGUCUUGGAAUGAAGAGGAGGGCAACUGCAUAGCUACUGGUUUACAUCGUUCCAGAGAGAGGAAUCACUGCUAAUGCAUUGUCCCAGAGUUAAAUGUUCAUAGCAAUCUGCUGUUAUAUUGCUCUUAUGUGUUGGGAUUCUCUAUAGUCUAUCUUUUGACUCCUGA